GAGUAAAAUUUUUAAAGACCAAGGUUUAAACCUGAGGGGAAUUGAUUGGUUAUUAAGGCUUGUUGUUAUGGUUUAAAUACAUCAGCUAUUUGACUAUUUGCAGAUCAGAAGAGAGGAGACGGCAAGCAACUUGUUUGUCAUUGUCACUAGACAUUCCUCAAAUGUAAAAUUAACCUUCAAGCAGCAGUAGAAGGUUUGCCAAUAAACCAUGAUGUUUGCUGUUCUCUGCCUGUGUUUCUUUGGCUCAGUACAUAAUGCCCUUCUUACACAACGAAGAGGCCAAACACAAAAACACCGAGCUCAGUCUUUGUCGGAAGGAUAUGCAGCCCCCACUUAUGUCAGGCUGUACCCACAAAUAAUAUUACCUGGAUCUCCCCCUGUUCCUUCAGCUGCUGGUCCAGAUGUGCCUCCAAUAAUAUUUGCCAGGCUCCCCACUGCUCCCCGAGCUCCUGCACCAGCAGUGCCCCCAAUUAUAAUUGCUGGGCCUCCACAUGCUCCCCAGGCCCCUGGACCUGCCACUCCUACAGUCAUAUUUGCCAGGCCCUCCCCUUCUCCCCAAGCCCCUGCACCAGCUGUUCCCCCAGUGAUCAUCACUGGAGGCCCUGCUGCUAGUCCAGCUCCAGCUCCAACCCUGGCCUUCCCUCCUGUGAUUUUCAUAUCACCCCCUGCCUCAGGAGCAUCAGCAGGACAGGCACCCCUGUCUGCACCGAGGCAGGCUCUCUCUCCUACUCCUGCUCCUCCCCUUGCUGCCCCCCCUAUACCAGUCCAAAGGGGCCCACAGAUCAUAGUUCUGUCCAAAGCCCCAGCACCUCCCCCAGCUCCGCCACCUGCAAUCAUCCUUUUGGCCCGUAGGGGAGGCAGAACAGGAGGCAAUAGUGCAAAUAGGGGUCCAGGUGGUGGUGGCAGUGAUGGAAGUGCAGUUAAUGGGGGUGUGCGUCCAGCUGCUGGGAGUGGGAUUUCGGGAACGGGAGCUGGACGUCCAGGUGCCAGAAAUGGUGGCCCUCCUCAGGACAGGGGUACAGGUGGUGCCCCUCCUAAUGGUUUCAGUAGAGGAGAGAGUGCUGGCCUUCCUAGGGCAGAGAAUGGGGGAGGCAGACUUGGUUAUGGUUAUGGCCCUUUCCCACCUCCUCCAGUUUUUGUUUUCCCCAUUAUAACCUCACCCAAUCGUGGUCCUUCAAACGGUGCAGCAUCUUUACCUGUUCAGCAGCUCCCAUCUCCAUCACCUCCAGUCAUCCUAAUUUUCCCACCUGGUGAACAACCAGCAGGAGCAGGAUCAGCCAAUGGAGAGAGUGGAGGCUUAUCUCAAAACCUUAGCCCCAGCCCUGCUCCUAAACAAGAUCAAGGACCGAUGCCACCUCAGGGUACUGCUCCAGUGUUUAUCUUCCCACCUCCUGUUCCUCCACAACGACCCCCUCCCGCUUUUCCAAGCGGCCCUGCUGCUGGAGAAGCAGGUGUAGCACCUGUUCCAACAGCCCCUGCACCAUUCCCUGCCCCUCAACCUCCCCCUGCCCCUGGCCCUGCCCCUGCCCCUGCCCCUGGUCCACCCAUUUUCAUAUUUCCCCCUCCAGCUCCAGCUGAAGAAGAACCUUCUUCCCAAACACCUAAACCUCCAAGUGCGGCAGGAGGAACAGGCUCUGUGGCAACAGCCCCUUCACCUCCCAUUCCUCCGAUAUUCAUAUUCCCUCCUCCUGCCCCAAUAAUCCCAGGUCCCAGUCUAGGGUCUACAGGUGGGGGUAUGCAAACGUCAUCUGGAGGUCCAUCCCCAGGAGCAGGCUCGGUUCCAGUUCCAGCCCCAGCCCCACCCCCUUCUAUCUUUAUCUUCUCACCCCCCACGGACUCUAAUGUAGAUCAAGCUAUGUCUGGCAGCAGCCCAGCUAAACAGCCUGCUGUGGCUCCUCAGGUGCCCCCACCUCCUAUUUUCAUUUUCCCAGAUGGCGACUCCGAAUUUGAAGUUCAGCAAAUUGGUGGUUUUGAAUAUGGAGGAGCAGGGUAUGGAGGGGGAUACACACCAAUUUAUGGCAGAAGAAAUAGUGUUGGUGACAGUGGAGGAGGGAGUGGCAAAGGAAAUGGCUAUGGAAGAGGGGAUGGAGGAGGGAAUGGUGGAGGUAAUGGAGGAAGGAAUGGAGGAGGGAAUGGAGCAGGGAAUGGAGGUGGGAAUGGUGGAGGGAAUGGAGGUGGGAAUGGAGCAGGGAAUGGAGGUGGGAAUGGAGCAGGGAAUGGUGGAGGGAAUGGUGGAGGGAAUGGAGGUGGGAAUGGAGGUGGGAACGGUGGAGGGAAUGGAGGUGGGAACGGUGGAGGGAAUGGAGGAGGGAAUGGAGGUGGGAAUGGAGGUGGGAACGGUGGAGGGAAUGGAGGAGGGAAUGGAGGUGGGAAUGGAGGUGGGAACGGUGGAGGGAAUGGUGGAGGGAAUGGAGGUGGGAAUGGUGGAGGGAAUGGAGGUGGCAAGGGACCUAAGACACUCUUCUCCCCAAUCACAAGUCGAUUUGUUAGACUAUUCUCCACAGGAAGACCCCUGCAGCUUUCACAUUCUAGGAGCUGA